AUGAUUAGUCCGUCCCAGCUCACACCCGGGGCUCACGACGCCGCCGUCGCGGCUGGCAGCCCGAUGUUCCGGAUGCUGGGCUCGCUGUGGGGGAUGUUCUCCCCGAAGCGCACCCGGUCCGAAGACGACCUGGCAACGGCGCCGGAGAGGUUGGCCUCUCUCGUCAAGCCCAUCUGCACAGAUAUGCUGAAGGGGCUGAGAUAUCCUGGCGUCCCGCAGAUCAAGGAGGAAUCGGUAGAAGCGCUCUUACAAUACAUGUACAAGAGGGCCGUCGAAAUCGGCUACCCUCUCGACACCCCCAUCUCCGCAAAGGCGUUCCGGCUGGGCCACUCGCUAGGACUGGUAAAUUACCUCCCCCGCCCUUCCCACUAUCUCACAGCCUCUCACCGCCGAAUUGUCUACCCUCUUCCAAGAAAAACGAGCCAAUUGCUGACGAGGCGGCAGCUCUGCCAUCCUAACCACCCGACAGAAGUGCAGGGUUACGUUGGACUCUUUACGUGGCUCGUCGUGCAGUACGAUGACAUUGUCGGCCAGAACGACGAGAUGGCCGAGGCCCAGCUCUUCCAGGAGCGGUUCUUCAAGGGCGAGAAGCAGCCGAAUGCCAUGCUGGAGGGCCUGGCGAGCCUGAUGCGAGAGGCUCCUCGCUGGUUUGACCCUGUCAUGGCCAACCUGCUGCAAAUAUCUACCCUCAAGUUCUUGACGUGCAACCUGCUGGAGCGCCACAAGGGCUUCAUGAACAUGAACAUCACGCGAGCCGGGGUAAAGUUCCCCGAUUUUGUCAGGGACUUAUCGGGCAUCAACGUGGCCUUCGCCGUCUUCUGCUUCCCCAAGGCCCAGUAUCCCGACGUCGAGCAAUACCUGGAAGCAAUCCCUGACAUGGCCAGGUUUAUUGACAUUUCGAAUGACGUUUUGUCAUUUUACAAGGAGGAGCUCAGCGGCGACACCAGAAACUACGUACACAACCGCGCAAUGGCAACCGGCCGGCCUGUGCUUGUCGAACUCGAAGUGAUCAAGAACGAGGUGGUUGAAGCCGCCAACCGAGCCGCCGUGAUCCUCGAGGGACGCGGCCAGUACGAGCAAUCUAUGCACGACAGCGUCCGGGGCCUGUUGGCGAUGCAUACGGCCAACCCCAGAUACAAGUUGAAAGACCUUGGGCUAGCCGAGAAGCAUCCGCUGGCCCCCUUCGAGGACCAGAUUGGCGAGCUCUUCGAGCGAAUGAGGGAAUAA